CUCACUGCUGCUAUGGCCGCGCUACCUGAUGAGCGCCAGGGACUGAUUAGGACCGUAUCGCAGUCGCGCACAGAUGCGAAGCCACUCAGUAGCCCUGCAAGACUGAUCAUCUUCGAUAAGGAAGUGCGAGCGCCGCUGGCCGAAAGAAGAGGCUUACCGAACGAUAGCUUCAGGCAUGCACGAUCGCGUGUGACGAAAAGUAAAGCUACCGAGGAUCCGCUGCGGUGGGCGGCACUCUGUCAGCCUCGUUGAUGCCAACUGCGACAGCCGCUACGAGUGCGAGAAAGACAAUGAGAGAGA